AUGGGAUGUGAUCUUUUAGGAAGUUUUGUUUAUUAUAAUUAAGGAAAAAAUUAUUAUAAUUUGAACUAAAAUUAAGAUUAAAUAAAGAGCAAAUAAUAAUUAAGUUAACGCAUAUUUGUGUUAACUGAGAAACCUAAGUAAAAUAAAAAGUUUUAUAUAUUAUAUGAAUUAUGCAAAUUUAAAAUCAAGACAACAGAAUAUUAAAACUAACUUGAGCAUUUUAAAAAAUCUAAAAGGAUUUUCAAUUUACUCUUUAAAUUAAUUAAGAUUAUAUGGAAGAGCUUUUAAAAUUACUUAAAAAGAUAAUUUUAUUUAUCCAAACUUAUAUUAUGA